CGCCCCCUCCCUUUUUUUGUUCUCACCGACAAUUGUAUCACCCGGAUUCCCCCUUAACCAACCCACCAAUGUACUGACUGUAUGACUGUACAUCUAAAGUAUCACGAUGUUAUAUGGGCGAUAAGUAGUGGGCUGCUUUGGAGUAUAGUAGUAGCAAAGAUCCAUUUCAGGCGCCCCUAUGUGGGUUCCACCCGUUUGCCCGAAUGUUCAAAUUUUUAUCUUUCUAUUUUUCACCCCUUUUCUCUCACUCUGUCUUGUUAGAACCACACAUAAGUCCUACUUCUGCGCAGGUGGUUCUCCAAUAAUUCCUCAUACCAACAUAGGGUAGGGCAAUAGGGUAUCAGGUGUGAUACUCCUAUCAGUAUCGAUCAAGGAACUUCCCUACAUUGAUCCACCCACACACCACCACGUAUGUAAUGCAAAGUACACUUUUUCUUCCUCAACUGGGCAAUUGACAUUCAUCUGUCUUAGUCUUCCUCGCUGACUUCAAAGUACAGCAUCUUGUAUCCAUGCG